AAAUACAGAUUACCUGAGAUCUUCUGCAACCUAUCUUCUUCAACCUAAUUUCAGUUUUCUGGCGGAAAAACUUUGAUACAAUCAGCAAGUUUGAUUGGGAAACGUGAAUAUUAGAUUGAAAUCUCGUUUCCCAUUCGUUUCCGGGAUGAAUUCAGUUUCAAACACGUCUCCAUUUUUCUGAAACGGUUUCGGCGCGUUCCGAAACGCGUUUCCCGGUUUCCCCGUUCCAGGACGUUUCGGAAACGUAUUCAUCUGGGUGAUCCAAGCUAGUUAAUGUGUCGAUUUUGAUCUUGACUCAAAGGUUAAGUGAUACGGACGGGAGGAUGAAGGGGAGUAUUUUGAGGCUGAGGGCUACAAAACUCUCUCUCAUCCUCAUUACUUUGGUCUGCACAAUGUUUCUUUUAUGGGGAUGGGAUAAAGCUCCUUUUCUUGUUUCCUUAAUUCCCCAGAGCCAAAGCCUCAGACUUUCUCCAGAUACAUUCAUUGGCUCCCCUAUGAAUGCUGUUUCUCCAGAGCCAAAGAAGGAUGCCGAUAACUUGCCCAAUUCUGCAACAAAUGAGGCAUCAGAUAAGCCUGAAGGAUAUGACAAAAAGAGCAAUGGAGAGGAUGGAGAAAAUUUCAAGGAAAAAGUGUGGGACGCAUCAGUGCCAGUGGACUCUGCAAAUACAAGCUCUGUGUUUACCAAGAAGGAGAAAGGGAAUAUCCCAUAUCAAGUAAAAAAGCAAACUUGCGAUUAUGCCAAGGGAAACUGGGUUGCAGAUGAUAAUCGGCCUUUUUAUUCUGGAGGUCGUUGCCUGCAAUGGCUUUCGGAGAUGUGGGCAUGUAGAUUGACGGACCGAACGGAUUUUGCAUUCGAGAAGUUCCGCUGGCAACCAAGAGAUUGUGAAAUGGAAGAAUUUAGUGGAAAAAAGUUUUUGAGAAGGAUGCGAAAUAAAACACUGGCUUUUAUUGGCGAUUCGCUGGGCCGACAGCAAUAUCAGUCUUUAAUGUGCAUGGUAUCAGGAGGUAAAUUGAGGCAUGAUGUCAUUGACGUGGGAUGGGAAUAUGGUCUUGUCAAAGCUCGAGGUGCUCUACGUCCUGAUGGUUGGGCUCAUCGCUUCACCCGCACAAAUACGACCAUCCUUUUUUACUGGUCAGCAUGUCUUUGUGACUUGCAGCCUGUCAACCCAUCUGACAAAAAUUCCGAAGUGGCCAUGAACCUUGAUCGUCCUCCCGCUUUUCUUCGCCGCUAUCUCGAUAGAUUCAAUGUUAUAGUUCUUAACACGGGCCACCACUGGAAUCGGGGCAAGUUUGAUGGAAAUCACUGGGUCAUGCACGUGGGUGGUGUACCCAACCUGAACAAGAAUGUGGCCGAGGCAAAAAAUUUCACAAUCCACAGUAUAGUCAAGUGGGUGGAUUCUCAGCUCCCGCAGCAUCCAAAAUUGAGGGCAGUUUACCGUUCUUUAUCUCCACGACAUUUCUUCAACGGGGAUUGGAACUCGGGUGGGACUUGUGAUAACACCAAUCCACUUUCUAAAGGAAAAGAGGUUUUAAAAGAGGAGAGUGGUGAUCCAGCAGCUGCUAUGGCUGUAAAAGGGACAAAAGUGAAAUAUCUAGACAUUACAGCUUUAUCCGAACUUAGAGACGAAGGCCAUAUGUCUAGGUAUACCAUUAAACCUAGACAGGCAACUGGACAAGAUUGCUUGCAUUGGUGUCUGCCCGGGAUUCCUGACGCGUGGAAUGAAAUCCUUUAUGGUCAGCUGUCAGCAUUAGGUAGAUUUUAACUCUUCAUUUCACCUCAAAGUACUCACAUCGGAUCCUCAACACUCUAACAUAGGUAUGGACCCUUUACACUUCAAUUUUGGACCCAAAAACAUUGAACAUUUGUCAUGAAAUAGGCAAGUCUGACAUUCUGGCACAUACUACCCGAAACCGAUUAAUAGAGGUUAUACAAGUUCUGGAUUAUACAUCAUCUUUCAGCUUCAUGGCUAGGAUAACCCUAAGAAACAUACAGGAAUAUGAACUCAUCUGGGUUUUAACUGAAGGUUGGCAUGUGUUGCUCCUUGUAACUUAUGGGUUACUCUUAUCCUUAGCCAGUUGUAUUAUGCCAAUUGUAUUACGUAUCCGUGAUUAAGUAUUGUAUGGAGUAUAACAACUCCAGUUUGCACAUUAACAGUCACAGAAGGGGGGAAUGUUGUAAUAGCAAUAGAUGGAAGAUGCUGCAGUAUACUUGAUAUGCUGGCUUGUGUAAAUGGAAUUCUGACUUUGUGAGUGGCAUCUUUAAUCUGGGUUUUGACUUGUAACACAGAACGCAGUGCUCUUGAAUCUUUGAUGUACAUGAUGUGUUUUUUUUCUUUGGCUAAUUGAAGAAAAUACUGGCAUACUGCAAA